GAGAGAGAGAGAGAGAGAGAGAGAGAGAGAGAGAGAGAGAGAGAGAGAGAGAGAGUGCUAUUCAGAGUUUCACAAUAGUCAAGUGCAGUCUGAGGUAGUAUAAGAAUGUUAAAUAACUCAGGAUGGUUUCCACAAAGUGCCUGUAAACAGUUACUUGGAGAAUGUAAAUAUAUGUUUUGUAUGCUCACACUUUCUCUGUAAUGUUUCAAAUGUAUAACAUAAAAGUUAAUUUACACAAAUCCUUCAUUCAUUGGUAUUUAAAUGAAUCUUUGUUUAUCCAAAUUGUCCCACAGAUUGCUAGAGCAUUUCUCCAAAAAACUAACUUGGUCCUUCUGUGUUCUGAAAACAAUAUAAUGUUAUGCUGAAUGAGAAUCCAGUUAUUUCCUGUUAUUUUUCAACAGACGAUAAACAGAUGUUGGGAAAGGAGUUACACUGAGAUGUUUCACAUGUAUGGCCAUGCAAACUACCCUGUACUGCCAACCUUUAAUGAAUUAAUCACCACAUGUUUGUUGGGCCGGCGUGUAAACUUUGCCAGGGAACUUUUUUUUUGUUGAUAAUAAGAAGUCAUCUGCCACAGUCUAGGAUUUCACAAGAUGUUAAAUUAGCUUUGCCAUUAUGGUUUAACUGGAUUUCUAAUGAUGUGAAAGUGCAAAUUAGGAAUGCACUAAAGGUCAGACAAAAUGUUAAUGACAUGUCAAACAUGAACAUUCUCUGCCAUUCCUACUUAUCAAAAAGCUAUCUGACAGAAAUACUUUAGCCUAAAACCACAAUGGGAUGAAAAAUUCAAACGUCCCCUGCACCGGACUGUAAUGUUACACUCAUGUACUAGUGUGUUCGAGCGUCACAACUUUUGUGCGUUUGGAGAUGUGCCCACUACACGCCAUCUCGCUUCAGCUGAUAACGUACGUCAUAUAUCCGCUGCCCGGUUCAUCGCUGCAUCUUUCUUAUCGGUACUCAAAACAAAAGCAAAUGAUGUUGGUUUUAUUCUGAAAUGGUGCGUUUCACGGCUAAUGAAUGAGUUGCGCACUGCAACGCACGUAAUCCUCUUAAUUCAGCGUUAAGACAGGAAGCGGUCCUUCGAUACCAAGUGCUGUCUCACUAAACUGCGACAUCGAGCGCAUUAUAACGUGAUAACACAAGUAGGCAUUCCUACGCAGUCCUCGGGAACAGUGAUCAGCAGUGCGUCUUAAUUGAAGACCACAAUCAGGUAACGGAGAAGAGGACAGGUAAUAGUUAUUAAAAGACAAACGUUAUACCUCGAUAUUUAGCGGCUGUGUUUUUAUUGACUGGUUCUGACAUUUUUACAGCGUCAUGCUACGCUUUCCCGUUGUGAAGCGCACGCUCUCUGGGGUGGCACAAGUCAGCUGUGCCAACAAUGUCCGCACAGCAGCAACAGCAGCUGCCCCUGCCAGCAAUCAUAUUGAGGUGUUCAUUGAUGGAAAACCUAUAAUGGUUGAACCAGGAACAACUGUACUGCAGGCAUGUGAGAAAGUGGGGAUGCAGAUACCUCGCUUCUGUUACCACGAGCGUCUGUCCGUGGCUGGGAACUGCCGGAUGUGCUUGGUGGAAAUUGAGAAUUCGCCCAAACCAGUGGCAGCAUGCGCCAUGCCAGUCAUGAAGGGUUGGAAUGUUCUCACCAACUCUGAAAAAACACGGAAAGCUAGAGAGGGCGUGAUGGAGUUCCUGUUGGCCAACCACCCUCUGGACUGCCCCAUCUGUGACCAAGGAGGAGAGUGUGACUUGCAGGAUCAAUCCAUGAUGUUCGGUAGUGACAGGAGCCGCUUCACAGAGGGAAAGAGAGCGGUUGAAGAUAAGAACAUUGGUCCACUUAUCAAGACCAUAAUGACACGCUGUAUUCAAUGCACCAGAUGCGUGCGGUUUGCCAGCGAAAUAGCGGGUGUAGAAGAGCUGGGCACUACAGGGAGGGGCAACGCCAUGGAGAUCGGAACCUACGUCGAGAAAAUGUUCAUGUCAGAGCUCUCUGGUAACGUCAUUGACAUUUGUCCAGUAGGGGCUCUGACGUCAAAACCAUAUGCCUUCACUUCUCGCCCCUGGGAGACCAGGAAAACCGAAUCCAUUGACGUGCUGGAUGCUGUGGGGAGUAACAUUGUCCUGAGUACAAGGGGGGGAGAGAUCAUGAGGGUCCUGCCUCGACUCAAUGAGGACAUCAACGAGGAGUGGAUCUCUGAUAAGACCAGGUUUGCAUAUGAUGGAUUAAAAAGACAGCGACUGACACAGCCCAUGGUCAAAAAUGCAUCAGGACAGCUUGUGACCACUUCAUGGGAAGAUGCCUUGACUCAAGUUGCAGGAAUUUUACAGGGAUCUAAAGGGGAUGAAAUCGCUGCUGUUGCUGGUGGGCUAGUCGAUGCCGAAACCUUGAUUGCUCUGAAGGAUCUGUUCAAUCGCCUCAACAGUGAGAAUUUGUGUACUGAAGAGAUCUUCCCCAUGGCUGGAGCUGGAACAGAUCUGCGCUCAAACUAUCUGUUGAACACAGGCAUCAGUGGGAUUGAAGAGGCUGACCUGGUACUUUUGGUUGGCACCAACCCACGCUAUGAGGCUCCUCUCUUCAAUGCUCGCAUUAGAAAGGGUUGGCUCCAUAACGAGCUCCAGGUUGCGCUAGUGGGACGGGAAGUGGAUCUAAGCUACACAUACAACCAUCUUGGAGACUCCACCAAGGUGUUGGAACACAUAGCAUCUGGAAGACACCCCUUUGUAAAGGUCCUUGCCCAAGCUAAGCGCCCAGUUGUGGUGGUAGGCAGUGCUGCCCUUCAAAGAGAAGAUGGGGCCGCACUACACGCAGCUGUGUCCACAAUUGCUCAGAAGGCCAGACUGAGCAGUGGCGUUAAUGAUAGCUGGAGAGUGUUGAAUGUCCUUCACAGAACCGCUAGUCAGGUAGCUGCACUGGAUUUAGGAUAUAAACCAGGAGUUGAAGCCAUCAGACAAAUUCCACCUAAAGUUGUAUUUCUGCUUGGAGCUGACGCUGGGUGUGUAACAAGAGAAAGUCUACCAAAGGAUUGUUUUAUCAUCUAUCAGGGGCACCAUGGAGAUGUGGGAGCAACUAUGGCCGACGUGAUACUACCAGGGGCAGCGUACACGGAGAAGUGUGGCACUUACGUCAACACUGAAGGACGAGCACAGCAGACUCACGUGGCCGUCACAGCUCCUGGCAUGGCAAGGGAGGACUGGAGAAUCAUUCGCGCCAUCUCUGAGCUUGCAGAUGUGGCCUUGCCCUAUGACACAGUAGAUGAGGUACGCCUAAGGCUGGCUGACGUAUCACCAAACCUUGUGCGGUAUGAUGACGUGGAAGAGGCAAAUUAUUUCAAACAAGCCAACGAACUUUCCAAGGCCGUACAACAGACUCUGCUCGCGGACCCAUUGGUUCCUCCAUUACUCACAGUCCGGGAUUUCUACAUGACAGAUCCUAUCAGCAGAGCCUCCCAGACUAUGGCCAAGUGUGUCAAAGCUGUGACAGAGGGAGCCCAAGCGGUGGAGGAACCCAAUAUAUGUUAAACUGUUCUUUGACAUGUCAGGCCAUUCCUACAGUGUCUCCACAUUUAAAUAAACCACGCACAACAUUAAUAACAAUAUGGUCACAUACGUAUUAUGUAGGUAUAUUCAGCAACUUUAAAGAACUGAAAUAUUUUGCCUAUUGGUCCAAAGCUAAUUCAAAGUGAUGUCUAGAAUAAAGUCUAGUUUGUGUACUUUAAAUGUAAUUAUGAAUUAUUUUCUGUAAAUGUAAAGUUUGUGUACUUGAUCUGUAAAUGUAAUUUUAAAAUGUAAUUUGAUCCAAUUUAAUUCUAAUAUUUAAUUCUAUGUAUUAUAAAUGUAUUCAUGUAGAAUAGCCUACUUUGUGUCUGUUUUUUUUCUUUGACAAAUUUCCCCUAUCAAUUCUUCCUGCUUAUGUUCAGCAAAGUAGUCUACCGGUAUUCAUUCUGUCAAUGCUGGCCUGGCCUGUCCUACUCCUGUCAUACCUCACAGCUGAUGGGGAAGAAGCCCGUCAACAUGGUGGUAGCCUGCUUGAAGUUGUUGUAAUGUCAGAUUUAGAGGAUUUCGUUCAUCCCCAGUGAACCACAUGCUGUGCUCAACAGUUGCACAUUUCACAGCACAAUCACUUAAGCAAUGUCGAACACAUUUUAAUAGCUCCUCUAAGAAGAAACUGUCAUGCCGGCUUCA